AUCGCCCACAGACAGCACGGAUCCAUCAGUGGUGAACUUCAUGACGAGCUGAAGUGCCGGCUGCCAGGAGACAUCAGGAAAUCAGAGCAGAAGGUGAGUGGUACACCGUGUCACAGUGAGCACCCGGAGUCGAGAGGAGCAGAGACUGCUUUGAGGAGAACUACAUGUGAAAUAUCACUGGACAAAAUGGGGAAUGCAUCAAUGAAACCCAAACAUCUGAGGCAGCCGGACAGACACAUAGCAAACCUAGCUCUUGGUUGUGCUAGCAACUAUAAGUUUCUAACAGACCCUGGUUUGGGCAUCCAUGUGACUGGGCAAGUUGAUGUGCUUUGCAGCAGAGUGCUUGAACUGGAAAAGGAGCUGAAAAGAAAAGAUGAAGAGUUGCAAGAGGGUCAAAGCCUUGUUGCUGAGCUUCAGGAUCAGCUGUCUGUGCAGACUAAAGUCAUAGCAGAACUCACCAAGGAACUUCAGAGCAAGUGCAUACAGCUGAACAAGCUGCAGGAUGUUAUUAACACUCAAGGAGAACACUCUCUCCAGCCUUCUCCAUAUAGAGUGACUCCAAAGCAUCAAGUCUCUGCUGACAGAAGGAAAGGAGCUAAGGAGGGUGUAUCUGCAGAGCCAACAACACAGCUCUACGAUUCCGGCAAACAAGCUAGAUUUUCCUUUGAAAAAUCAAGAGUCCGAAAGGAUUCCAGGUGA